AAUAGAUGCGAGACAAUGGCUCAUUUGAGUGAUUUUCCCGAUGGAAGCUCUGAUAGCAUCUUACGGAGACGCCUCAUCGGAAUCCGACUCUGACGAUCUUUCACCGCACCCCGGCGGGAAAUCAACCGUCGGGAAAGAUGAGACGGAGUCUUCGUUUUCCUUGCCUCCUCCUCCGUUGUCUCUUCUCAAUCCGCCUAACUCCUCCGUUUCGAUUGACUUCCUGCCUGCGGAGUCAGCGAUUCGAGUGAGGAGCUUUCCUCAUGUCGAGGGAAAUUACGCGUUGCACGUUUACAUCCCUGUGUCUCUACCCUCUACAGCAAAGAAAGAAAUCGCAUGCUUUCUAAAGAGGGUCGCUUCAGCUGUUCCUGAUCUUCAUUUGGUGGAAGCUGAUGUUCCAGUCAGCAUUCUUUGCAAAGAUGAGCAUAAGCUUGAACACGCCCUUGGAAGAGAGUUCCACAUAAGCUUGGGAAGAACGGUUCCAAUCCGUGUUCACCAGAUAAACUCUGUUGUUUCUCUGCUUCGGCAGAAACUUCAGUUUCAGAAGAGGUAUUGGAUGGAUUUUAGUAAGUGGGAAGUGUUUGUGAAUGACGACUGCACUCGCUCUUUUCUUUCUUUGGAAAUCACCACUGCCGGAGUAGCUGAGAUAACUAAGCAGAUUCAUGCUGUGAAUGACGUUUACAAGCUUCACAAUCUCCCGGAAUUCUACAAGGAUCCACGCCCGCAUAUAUCCUUGUUGUGGGCAUUGGGGGAUAUAAGCAACUCCUUGAAGGGAGCCGUUGAAGGAGAACUGAAGAAACUCAAAGCCGGUGCUUGCGUGCAAAAUCGCAUCUUCACUUCUAAGUUUUGUGGGAUUGAGUGUAGAAUAGGAAACAAAGCAUACAAAAUAUGUUCAUUUCCAGACGAAUAAUAUAAUUAUGUGUUCUUUAUGUCUGAAGGCCCGUCGCGUAUCAGUUGUAAUGUUAUAUGAGUAGACAUAAAGGUCAAUAAAUCUUUUGCGCCAGGGCUGUCUGAGAUUAUUAAUACCCAAGAUUUCCGGGUUAUCUGAAUUUGGCCUUGUUCU